UCUAGACCCCAAUAGUUCGGCGCGCGGCCUACACGCGGCAAAAGCUCAGCAAGAUCGAUCCGAAUCGAAGUGAAUCGAAAACUGAAUCGACUUUUUGAGAGUGUGCGUGUGUGCGCGAGUGUGUUGUGUUUUGUUUUUAAGAGGCAGUGCACACAGCUGUUGACUAAUAUUCAAUCGGAGCUUGGCCUCGAGUUGCAAAUCGAGUCACUUCAAAUCGCAGCGGGUUUCCAGUUGAGAACUUACUCCCAAAAAAGGCAAAAUGACUGGAUCUGUUCACGAUCCCAAAUGGAGCCUGGAGCGCCGGGAAUCCUCUGGCCAUUUGGUUUGGCGCAAGGAUUCCCCAGAGUCAAAAGUCCGAUUUCGUUUUGAUGUUGAGGUCCUAGAAUUUGAGAAGCACCCGCAUGAGGAGCUGGAUGACAGGGAGGAUAACUUCUCGAUGACAAGUCUCUCGGCAACAGUGGCCUUGUGUGCCACCUGUGUGGCCGUAGUGGCUGCCUCCGUGUUCCUGCCCUGGUAUCUGAUGGAGAAAGUGGGCUCCAUCUGAGGAAACUGGCCGGAAAGGCAAUGGCUUCUUGUAUAUAGGUACCUUGACGGUAUUAAGUAGACUCUUGUAUAUAAACAAGCGUAGAUUUAACUAUUUGUAAAUAGUACGUACGUUGUAAAUAGAAACUAAAUGUGGUUUUUUUUAUCAAAAAAUGAAGAGUUUGAAAAACUCUCGGUGCAAUAUGAGUGCGACGAUAGUGACUGCUAAUGCCAAACUAUGGAAUGUGGAUUGUAUUUUAGGAUGUGUAAAUUCUCAUAAGCUUAGUCCUAUUCAAAGAUCACAAAGAUAGUUUAUGGAAUAAACAAAAUACUUGCCCUAAAAA